CUCAACGUCUUCCGUCAUUAGCCCUCUUGAAGUGAUUUCUGGCAGUUUGGUUGGACUUUUAAUUAUCAGAAUGGAUUAGACAAAACAUGACAGCUAAUUUUCACAUGGCAGGGCGGCGCAAACGGAAUGUAUCUGACGGCAACAGGACGGAAAAAUACUCGCAUUUUGGGCCUCGAAAAGGGAGAAAAAAGUGAGGAGUGAACAUGGAGGGAAUGGUUCCUGCUGGUCAGCUGCUUUUGACUCUGUUUACAUCAUGGAUAGUCGCUUGUGCAGCUGAUACAAAGCAGACAAACUGGCCUUUGUAUUCCCAGAAGCCGGUCCUUUUAGUGUGGAACGCUCCAACCCAGGAGUGCGGAACACGCCAUGGUGUUACUCUGACUUUGAACCAGUUUGACAUCGUGGCGACUCCCAACGAGGGAUUUGUCCGGCAAAAUCUUACCAUGUUCUACAAAGAACGCCUGGGCUUGUACCCGUAUUUCGAGCAUGGAGGCGCUGCGGUUCACGGCGGACUUCCGCAGCUCGCCAGCCUGUCCCAGCACUACGAAAAGAUGCCCGACAGUCUGCAGAGGUACAUACCAGAGCCCGGGGCGAAGGGCUUGGCUGUUAUCGAUUGGGAGGAGUGGCGCCCGUUGUGGAUCAGAAACUGGGAUGCCAAAGACAUCUAUCGAAGGAAGUCGUGCGAUUUGGUCGCCGAGAAGAACCUCAAGUGGACCCCAGGAGAAGUGGAGAAAGUGGCGCUGCAGGAGUUCGAGCUGUCGGCUCGUAAAUUCAUGGUGGAGACGCUGAAACUUGGGAAGAGUUUGAGGCCGAAGCAGCUGUGGGGCUUCUACCUGUUUCCAGACUGCUACAACCAUAAUUACAAGGAGGGCCUGAGGAACUAUACCGGCGUCUGUCCUGCUGUGGAGGUGGAACGCAACAAUCAGCUUAACUGGCUUUGGAUGGAAUGCACAGCUUUUUUCCCAUCCAUAUAUAUGGACUCUGUUCUGAGCUCCACAAACUAUGGCCGUCUGUUUGUCCGAAAUCGGGUUAAAGAGGCAAUGCGACUAGCCUCUGUCGGGGACGGACUCGCUCGUCCUGUUUUUGUCUAUACCCGGCCCACCUACAACGGUCAGAUGACCCUGCUCACUGAGACGGACUUGGUUUCCACCAUAGGUGAGAGCGUUGCUCUUGGAGCUGCUGGUGUCAUCUUCUGGGGAGAUACUUCGUAUGCGAGCACCACCAGCUGCAACAUCUUGAAUAAAUAUCUUGUGGGAUCACUGGGUCGGUAUCUCCUCAAUGUGUCGACAGCGGCAGAGCAGUGCAGCAAGCACCUGUGUCGGUCCCUCGGUCGAUGUUUCCGCCGAGAACCCGACCGGGACGUGUACCUUCACCUCAGCUCGGCUACACACAGCAUAACGAGUCCGAGUGGCCAGCUGAGAGUCACAGGAGCUCCUGGAAAAGCAGAGCUGGCUUUUUUCCGAACACAUUUCCAGUGCCAGUGUUACGGUGGGUAUAAAGGGAAAGGUUGUGAGCUUAAAGAAAAAGUGCAAAAUAGAGCCUCCUCUGUAAUGGGCAUGUGGGCUUUGUGCCUUUUACUCCCGCUUGCACUACUCUUCCUGCUUCACUGAUGGAACUGAGAAGCUGUGGAGGUUCCCUGAUAUUAAAAGCAGGUUCAAUUCUUAUCUACAAAGAUGCUGAAGUCAGAGCUGGAAUGGGGUUUAUGUGGCUGACUGGACGUACCGCAGCAAAGCAAACACUGUGAUGAGAUGCUUUAUUGUUUUUGAGAAAAGUGCUCUUGGAAAUUGUUUAGUUUUAUCCAUUUUUGACUUGUUCUUUUCAUUAGGUUUAAAUAAAAGAAAACAAAUGUUUUAUUGCGGGAGCUGUCUUCCUCCACGAGGAGAUCCUGCAGCAGUAGACUUAAAGAUUUGCCGAUCAGCUAAAACCUGAUUAGCUGAUUUCUAACUUAAAAUCUAACCUUAUAGUAUUGCCAGACCUGUAAGCUGUGAUGACGCCUCACAUAAACGCUGUGUAAUUUCAUUCAUUUGUCAGUCCUGCAGGAUUCUUUUGUGUCUUUAGCUCUCAUCGGUGGCGUGGCCGGACCUGCCUGUUUCCUCAAACCGUUGUGUUAAAAAAAACAAAAAACAAAAAAAAACAGCCCUGAAGUAUUCUGUUUUUUAAAGUCAUUUGUUUACAAAUGUUGAGUUUUUCUCGGUUCAGUGAUUUAGAAAAAUCCUGUAACUACAGUGCUUAACAUUUUCAGCUGCCUUUUAAUAAGACUGUUGAGCAUUCCUUAGAGAAAAAAAAAUAGAUUUUAGCAUAAAGAUAUAUAAUGCAAUAAAGGAUGACGGAUGACAAGUCAGGUUUUUUUUUUUUUUUUAACUUCAAUACAAAGAUACCAGAACAUUUGGUUCAGAUGUUAGUUUGUGAUUAUGCCAGAAAUGUAUGGCACUUUAAAAAAAGUGUCAUUGUUUGGAUUUUUUUUUGGAUGAAAUGUUUGUUUUAUUUCAUGGCUUUUGUCUGCCAAAUAUUGUUUUUUUUUUAUAAUGUGAAAACAGUAUUACCAACCUUAUAUCAGUACUUUACGAGACUUUAAAUGACCAAAGGUUCCAUGCAUUUCCAUAGGUUUAGUGUAAUCCAUGAGCUCGCCUGCUGGUGUCAGUCAGACUGUUGGUAACUGCAGCAGGGCUGUGCCAACUCUAGUCUAAGUCUUUAGAAGCAGCUUUUUUACAUUUCUGUACUCAUUUAGAGAACCUGUAGAGUAUCUACAAAACUAUUUUGCUGAUAUAUUACUUUAAAGAUUUGAAACCUGUCUUGACAUGUUGAAACUGUUCAUAACUGAUGCCUUGAAUAAUUUUAUUAAAAAACUUUUCUGAAGCAAA